AUCCGCGCCGCUACGAACUUACUACUGUCUCUCAUAGCAGUAAGUACUGGCGUUCAAGCAUCAUUCACUUGCACCAUGAACAGUUCAUCGCUGGCGACAGCAUAUAAUGCGUCAACAAGCUACCUUGGAUGUUACCUAGAUCCAAAAGUAACUAUUUUGACGGCGGCGAAACUCAGCACUAUUGCUAUGACGCCCCAGUACUGUGCCAAUUGGUGCGGUCAACGGGGCUUUGCAUAUGGGGGUAUCGAGUUUGGAACGCAAUGCUUUUGUGGGAAUAUGCCCGAUUUCAGCACCGCGAGCAAAACAAACGACACCAGCUGCAACUCGAGAUGCUCAACCGAACCAUCCAGCUCAUGCGGAGGAACCUAUGUCAUGUCUUUGUACAAGAUCUCGAAUCCAGAAGGGAACGUCACGAACACUGGGUUCGUGCCGGCAUGUCAAACACAGCCCCUUUGCAGUCACCCUAUUUGCAACACUUCAUUGAGCAUAGAUGAGAGAGUAGACUCACUUGUCAAUUCUAUGACUCUGGAAGAAAAGAUCCUCAAUGUUGUGGAUGCUUCAGCUGGAUCCGCACGCCUCGGGUUGCCAUCCUACGAAUGGUGGAAUGAGGCAACGCACGGUGUUGGCUCCGCACCGGGGGUGCAAUUCACCUCAAAACCAGCCAAUUUCAGUUAUGCCACAAGCUUUCCGGCGCCGAUUCUAACGGCGGCUUCCUUUGAUGACGCUUUGAUUCGUGAAAUAGCUCAAGUCAUCGGCAAAGAAGGACGAGCGUUUGCAAACAAGGGGUUUUCGGGAUUCGAUUUCUGGGCUCCUAAUAUCAAUGGAUUUAGAGAUCCUCGAUGGGGGAGAGGGCAAGAGACGCCUGGAGAGGAUACAUUUGUCACGCAGAGUUAUAUUCGCAAUUUUAUUCCGGGACUUCAGGGUGACGACCCCGAGGACAAGCAAGUCAUUGCAACAUGCAAGCAUUUCGCGGUCUACGACUUGGAGACGAGCAGAUAUGGGAAUAACUACAACCCUAUGCAACAGGACUUGAGUGAAUACUUCCUGGCUCCAUUCAAAACCUGCGUACGUGAUACGGAUGUGGGAAGCAUCAUGUGUUCGUACAACACAGUUUCAGGCAUUCCCGCUUGUGCAAAUGAAUACCUUCUUGAAGAUGUGCUCAGGAAGCACUGGAAUUUCUCGAAAGACUAUCACUACGUCGUGUCUGACUGCGGAGCAGUCACGGAUAUCUGGCAAUACCACAACUUUACUGACAGCGAGGAAGGGGCGGCAUCCGUUGCUCUCAACGCCGGGGUUGACCUGGAAUGCGGUUCCUCAUAUCUGAAGCUCAAUGACUCUCUUGCUGCAAAUGAGACCUCAGUCGAAACCUUGGACCAGGCAUUGAAAAGACUAUAUUCGGCAUUGUUUACGGUCGGCUUCUUCGAUGGCGGAAAGUACAGUGACCUUGAUUUUUCGGACGUUUCUACCCCUGCUGCACAGACUCUCGCAUAUGAGGCUGCUGUCGAAGGUAUGACGCUCCUCAAAAAUGACAAGCUCCUUCCUUUGGGAUCAUUGCGUCAAUUCAAAAGUGUCGCCGUGAUUGGACCAUUCGCAAAUGCCACGACCAAGAUGCAAGGCGACUACUCAGGCAAUGCGCCCUUUAUAAUUAGCCCGUUGGAAGCAUUCGAGAGCCACCACGGGUGGAAAGUGAAUUAUGCAAUGGGUACAACAAUCAAUAAUCAGACUGCCACUGGGUUUGAGUCAGCUCUUGCAGCCGCGGAGAAGUCUGAUUUGAUCAUUUACCUCGGUGGCAUCGACAAUUCCAUGGAGUCCGAAACACUUGAUCGAACUUCGCUUACUUGGCCACAAAACCAACUCGAUCUCAUCACAAGCUUAUCAAAGCUCUCGAAGCCAAUGAUAGUUGUCCAAUUUGGCGGUGGCCAGGUCGAUGACAGCUUCCUCCUGAAGAACAAAGGCAUCCAAGCUCUGAUCUGGGCGGGAUAUCCCAGCCAAAGCGGUGGAUCUGCACUCCUUGAUGUCCUUCUCGGCAAAAGGUCACUUGCUGGCAGACUACCAGUUACUCAGUAUCCUGCCAGUUAUGCCGACCAAGUCAGUAUCUUCGACAUCAACCUUCGCCCUGACGGCUCAUAUCCUGGAAGAACAUACAAAUGGUAUACAGGAAAACCUGUGAUCCCAUUCGGAUAUGGCCUUCAUUACACAGAGUUUGAAUUUGGGUGGAAAGAGACGUUGCACAGCGAGUACAACAUUCAGCAGCUUGUUGCCUCAUGCCAAAGAAGUUCUGGUGGCCCCAUCAAAGACAACACACCUUUUACCGCCGUGAAGGCGCGGUUCAAAAAUGUUGGUCAUGAAACAUCCGAUUAUGUUAGCUUGCUGUUCCUUUCCAGCAAGAAUGCAGGCCCGACUCCGCGACCAAAUAAAUCCCUGGUGUCUUAUUUGCGCCUCCACAAUAUAACAAGCGGAAGCGCACCAGUAGCAGACUUGCCUCUCACCCUCGGCUCACUGGCCAGAGCCGAUGAGAAUGGAAGUCUGGUUAUUUUUCCAGGCCGCUACAAAAUCGCAUUGGAUAUAUUCGACAGGUUGACUUUCGAGUUUACGUUGAGGGGCAAUCCAGCAGUAAUCGAUACGCUUCCUAUGCCUCAUGAUCACUAUAACUUUACUGUGCCCGUUCAUAUUCAGCCAGCUUCCACUGAAGCACAUGGAUAG